CCUGCGUCUGGUUAUUUUUCAAUACUCUCUCUCUCUCUCUCUCGGUGGCUAAACAAUCGUUUAAUUAGGUAGGUAGGUGACAUGAUUGAGGAAACUGGUGCACAUUAUUGAGCAUUUUGAGAAUUCAUUUUGAUUUUUCUGGCAUCAGAUUCCAAAACAAGGGUGCAACCAGCAUCAAUUUAUGGAGAAUAAUUAUGCUCUCUCUCUCUCCAAUUAUUCAAAUCCAUCCAUCCAUCCAUCUAAUGUCCGAGACUUGAGGAAGAAGCUGCUACUUCCUAAUCUUCAAAGGAACCUUUUCUGGCUUCUGGAAGGAUUCCAUGUGAAGGGAAGAAUGGAGCAGGGAGCUAUUAUGCACAGGAGUAGCAGUGGGAGGUUCUCAUCAUAUGAGAGGCUGGUGGUGAUUGGCUUAGGCCUUCUUGCUGUGGUCUCACCUCUCUAUAUUGACCGGAGAACUGUGACUGAGCCAGAGCUUGAUGAGCAGCCCAUCAACAUUUCUUCAUAUUUGCCUCUGCUGCUGUGGCUACUGAUCAUGGUCAUCACUUUGUUGUGUUACUUGGAGCAGAGCUUUAUCAGGUUUGACCCUUGCUGGAUUUACAGGGUUGGUGGUUCUUCUGUAGGGAUUGUAGUCAUUCUCAUGCUUCUAGCAUUGAUCUUGAAGUGUAAAGCUUCUACAACAACUUCUACCAACAACUGGGGAGGAGACUGAAGCAAGCACACACAGAC